AUGGCUGCAGCUUACGCUUACCUUCGCGACGUUAAGCCUUACAAGACUUCUUGGAAGGUCCAAGUAAGGGUUCUUCAUUCAUGGAAGACCUACUCAACAAGGUUUGGUGAAACUUUCGAUAUGGUGCUCUCAGAUGUCCAAGGGACGAAGAUUCACGCUUCUGUCAAGAAAGACUUGAUCAGUCGUUUUGAAAACAAGGUCGUGACCGGUCAAUGGAGAACUGUCGAGAACUUUGGUUUGAGUAUCGCCACUGGUCAAUUCAAGCCUACUGCCCAUCGUUACAAGAUGUCUUUCAUCACUCAAACCAUUGUCAGUAGGAUGGACUCUGUGUCUGAUGAUCCGUAUUUAACUCUGUCCCCAUUUGUUUCUGUCCUGUCCGGAAACCUGAAUGAAAACCAUCUGAUUGAUAUUGUUGGUCAAAUUGUGAAUGUUGGGGAGAUGGAAACCAUCGAUGUCAACAACAGACCCACUAAGAAGAUCAGUUUUGAGCUUCGGGAUGAGAGUGAUGAUAGACUACCAUGCACUUUGUGGGGUACAUUUGCUGAGCAAGUGCAUAGUGCUUGUGAUCCUGAUGCUCAAGCACGUGUUAUUUGUCUGGUGAGAUUUGCAAAAAUCAAGACUUACAAUGGUAAGUNAAUCAAUUCUCAAGCAAAAUUCAGCAAGAAACUAUCAAUGGCUGCAGCUUACGCUUACCUUCGCGACGUUAAGCCUUACAAGACUUCUUGGAAGGUCCAAGUAAGGGUUCUUCAUUCAUGGAAGACCUACUCAACAAGGUUUGGUGAAACUUUCGAUAUGGUGCUCUCAGAUGUCCAAGGGACGAAGAUUCACGCUUCUGUCAAGAAGGACUUGAUCAGUCGUUUUGAAAACAAGGUCGUGACCGGUCAAUGGAGAACUGUCGAGAACUUUGGUUUGAGUAUCGCCAUUGGUCAAUUCAAGCCUACUGCCCAUCGUUACAAGAUGUCUUUCAUCACUCAAACCAUUGUCAGUAGGAUGGACUCUGUGUCUGAUGAUCCGUAUUUAACUCUGUCCCCAUUUGUUUCUGUCCUGUCCGGCAACCUGAAUGAAAACCAUCUGAUUGAUAUUGUUGGUCAAAUUGUGAAUGUUGGGGAGAUGGAAACCAUCGAUGUCAACAACAGACCCACUAAGAAGAUCAGUUUUGAGCUUCGGGAUGAGAGUGAUGAUAGACUACCAUGCACUUUGUGGGGUACAUUUGCUGAGCAAGUGCAUAGUGCUUGUGAUCCUGAUGCUCAAGCACGUGUUAUUUGUCUGGUGAGAUUUGCAAAAAUCAAGACUUACAAUGAGAAGAGGAGUAUCUCCAAUGCUUUCAAUGCAUCUGUGGUGGUAAUUAAUCCCGACUAUGCAGACAUCCUAGAGUGGCAGAAUAAGUGUAACAAGAAGGUUACACCUAUCAACGCAAUCACCAAUGGUUCUGUCUCAACUGCAAAGAAACCCCAGUUCUGGUGUGAUGGGUGUCGAGUACAUGUUACUAAUGUUCUCGCAAGGUACAAACUACAUGUCAACGUUAUGGAUAAUUCUGGUGAGUUGAAGUUGAUGCUCUUUGAUAGCAUGGCCACAGAGAUUGUAGGCUGCUCAGCAAACUCACUCAUUGAUGGUCCAUUUUAUGAGAUGGAAGAUCCUGACAACUUGCCAGAUGAUAUCAAGAAUUUGGUCGGAAAAACAUUCCAAUUUCUUGUGAGUGUUGAAAGUGAAAAUUUGUGGAAUGAGUUGGAUAUCUACAAGGUGUCAAGGGUGCUGGUUAAUGAUGGUGUACCGGAUGAUGAUCUUAAUGAUAAUUCACAAGGUGGGGAUAAUCCUCCAGAUGAUAGCACCGGAUAUCAGGCUAGCUUGUGCUUGACCAGCAGUCAUGAAGUCUCUGACUUCACGACUUCAUCGUCAAAGCGUUCAAGUCCUGAUAAAGACUCCCCUAAUGAUAGUUCCUCUACUACAAAGAAGCUGUGUCUGGACAACAUCAAGGUGGUCCAGAUUAAGCAGGAGAAGCUGACGAAGGCAGAGAUGGUGAAUGAGGAAAAGAAGAAGAAGCCGUGA